CAUAACAGUACUAUGUAUUCAAGUGGCGGGUAUUCUGCUAUAAUUGCAGUUUGAUGUACCAUGUACAUUCUUGUAAGCUACGUGCGUUCCCGCCUCCAUGCAAAAAAAAAGCUGAUGGUGUUUGACACGUUAAAUGAAGUCGCUUGGUUCAUUCAUUUUAUAGGCUUGUCCAACUCGUUGAGACAGUUACAACCCCAGUGUUACACUCCAGUGCACGCAUCCGACUAGCAACCACAUGAAUGCGAUUCGCAAGCAGGACACUGGACCUGUUUCAAGGGCUUUCUGAUUAUUAUCGGAUUAUUAUUGUGUGCGAGAAUUGAAGGCUAUUUCUACAGCUACAGCCUCCACUCUGCACUGACUGCGAGAGGCUAAAGUUAAAAAGCUUGUUUACUGAGUACUCGGUGUCUGAUCACAUCAACACACCGUAUACAAACAGGGCUCAACUCGGAGCUUUUGUCGCUGGCAGAUGAGUGUUGUGAACGGGCGACAUGCCUAAACCGGACCGGCAGAAUUACAGGAAAGUUGAGGGUGGUGGAGACGGGGAUUCAGCAGCGGGAGACAGGCCUAACCCAGACAUGGCAGCACCGCCCGCCAUUGGCUUUGAGGGCCUACAGGAAGAUUUGCCUCCAAAGGGUGAACAUAUCGGGCUGGAGGCCUAUGGUGAUGGUCGAUCCCCAACUAAUGGCACAGCACCAGAGAACAUAGAACUAUCUGAGAGCAAUAAAGAGGACGAGCCGCUCACUGACGAAAGACAACCUAAGAAGGAAGAGAAGAAAGAUGGGGCGGACCUGUACUUCCAUGAUGGCCACCGUCGCAUCGACUACAUCCUGGCCUACAGGAGGGGCGACUCGGACAAGGAUGCCAGGAGGGCAAACAAGCGCAAGGAGUUUGAGAAGAACCUUCUGGAAGAGGGCCUCCAGAUUGAAAUCGAGGAACCUCAGCCCCGUCAUGAUCUGGACGCAUCCUCCGAUGGCAACACCGUCUUUGUCAAGAUCCAUGCUCCAUGGAAAUUCCUCUCUCGACAGGCAGAAAUGCUCAAAGUCAAGAUGCCUAUCAAGAUCAAUGACAUGGAGGAGCCCCUGUCUAUUAUGAGCUGUCUGAAGAAGAUCCCUACACCCUUUGACCUUUCAGAGGAGUUCAUCAAACCGGAGCCCAAUUACUUCACGGCCCCCUUUGUGCGGGACCGUGUGGAAGAUUUCAUCAUUGAAGACAAAGACACAUUCUUCAGCAUGUCACAGAGAAACAGGAUGGUUUUUGAAGUCCUAGAAAAAUGCCGGUAUGACCCAGACAACAAGACAAAGUUUGGCAUUGAACACAUGAUCGCCAAUGGCUCUUACCUGGCUGCAUACCCACUGCAUGAAGGACACUACAAGAGCAACCACUCGAUGUUGACGCAUGGCCCCUCGAACGACCGCCAUUUGUUGUAUGAGGAGUGGGCCCGCCCAGGCCGUUGGUACAAGAAACAGCCGCUCAAUCUCAUCAGCGACUACUUUGGAGAGAAGAUUGGUUUGUACUUUGCCUGGUUGGGCUUCUACACUGAGAUGCUGACAUACGCAGCCAUUGUGGGCCUGAUUGUAUUCAUAUACGGCUGCAUCUCCCUCCCUUCCGACACAGUGGUGAAUGAGAUCUGCGCAGCCAGCGACUGGAGUGUUUACCUCAUGUGUCCCCAGUGCAACAGGCGGUGCACCUACUGGCUCCUGGACUCCAGCUGUUUCUACUCCCAGCUUACGUAUCUCUUCGACAACGCCUCCACCAUCUUCUUUGCGGCGUUCAUGUCACUGUGGGCCACUAUGUUCUGUGAGUUCUGGAAGCGUCGUCAAAAUGAGCUGGACUACGACUGGGACCUCUUCGGUUUUGAAGAGCAUGAGGAAAACUGUCGUCCUGAGUUUGAAGCUCUUGCCCCAGAUAAGAGAGUCAAUCCAAUCACCAAGGAGGAAGAACCUUAUGUCACAUUCAAAACUCGCUUCCCAAGAUUCAUGGCUGGUGCUGGUUUUGUUCUCUUCUUUAUAUUCCUGGUACUGGCUGCAGUGGUGGGCAUCAUUGUCUACCGUAUCGCAAUCAAGGCGGCGGUGGCAGCAUCUGGUGCCGCCUUCAUCAGCUCCCAGGCAUCCCUCAUCACCUCCAUCACCGCCUCCUGUAUCAGCUUGUUGGUCAUCAUGGUCCUGCAGAACCUCUAUGACAAGAUCGCAACUUGGCUGACUGAUCUGGAGCUGCACCGCACCGAGACGGAAUAUGAGGACAGCUACACCUUCAAAAUGUACUUCUUUGCCUUUGUCAACUACUACUCAUCCUCGUUCUAUGUGGCCUUCUUCAAGGGAAGCUUUCCAGGCAAUCCCAGUGAUUAUGGCAAGAUCUUUGGCAUGCGUCAAGAGGAGUGUGACCCAGCCGGUUGUCUCCAGGAACUGUUUGUCAACUUGGCCAUUGUCAUGUGCGGCAAACAGUUUUUCAACAACUUCAUGGAAAUUGUCCUCCCUCUACUCAAGAAUUUCUGGCGUUCCCGCUCCGGCCGCAAGGAGCAGAAAGAAGGCAAGGGUUCUUAUGACCAGUGGGAGAAGGACUUUGACCUGACAGAGCUGGGGCCUCGCGGCUUGUUCAAGGAGUACCUGGAGAUGGCUGUCCAAUUUGGUUUCGUCACCAUCUUUGUCGCUGCAUUCCCGCUGGCUCCGUUCUUUGCCCUGAUCAACAACCUCAUGGAGAUCCGCCUGGACGCCUACAAGUUUGUCACUCAGCUGCGCCGCCCCUACGCCGCCCGGGCUCAGGACAUCGGUGCGUGGUACGCUAUUCUUCUUGCUGUCGGCAACUUUGCUGUCCUGACCAACGCCUGCAUCGUAGCGUUCACCUCGUCGUUCAUCCCCCGUGAGGUCUAUAAGUAUGAGUAUGGCACCCUGGUGGGCUACGUAAACUGGACACUCUCCAACUUCAACACUAGCCACUUCGAAAUUGAAGCUCAUCCCCGCAAUAAUUCUUACCCUGAAGGCUCGGGUCUCACUGGUAACGUCACAUUUUGCAAGUAUCGUGGCUUUGUGGAAGGGCCUAACCCUCCUUUCGACCUGAAACUGGAGUACUGGAAGGUCUUUGCCAUGCGGCUGGUCCUUGUCCUGAUCUAUGAGCACGUCAUCUUCGUCAUCAAGUUUGCGUUGGCCUACAUAGUGCCGGACAUGCCUUCCUUCAUCAAGAACCAGAUCAAGCGGGAGAACUACCUGGCCCAGCAGGCCCUGGAGGAGGCCACCCGAAAGGAGAUCGUGGAGAAGCGACAGAGCCGGAUGCCGGACAGCGAGAAGGGUGCCGCGGCAAGUGGUUACCAGUAAAGUUCGAAAAUCUACCCUGCUUGCACCAAGACCAAUCUUUGUUAAUCAUCCACAUUUUGUAGCUACACGUAGCUUGAUUAGAAUGCUCUUCAUUUGAGACCAGCUUAUUCCAGAGUUGUAUCUACAUGUAAUCCUAGAGUUAUCAUAGUCUUAAGGCAACAGAUUCUUGUAGGAUAUUUUUGAUAUAUGCAGUAAUAUUUAUAUUGCAUGACUUGGUUUAUAUUCUGAUUGUAGGAGAAUAUCAAAAGGUAAACAUUCUCUUUUAAUACUUGAAGUUGAGAUUACAGGAUUGGUUUAAAAAAUGUUCAUUCCGUAAUCCAAAACAAAUACAUUGCAUGAGUAGUGUACGUGUAUGAAGUUGGUUUUGUUCUUACUGCACUACAUUGAGAUGGGGACUUCAAAAACUGGUCACUGGUGCCCUGCACUUGUUGGUAAACAUCCAUUUUUUGGAGGUAUUUCACUACAGGAAUGUCCUCCAUGAAUUAUGGUAGAAAUUGUGCCAAGCCUAGGAUUUCCUCUUCAGAUAUUCACUUGUUGAAUCAAGUUUCCAUGCAAAUUUGUCAAUUAAAAAUUAACCUUAACUAUGAAGCAUAAAUCAGUCUUGAUUUGAUAUUUUAGAAAAUGGGUCUUGCUUCCUCAGUUUUCAAAGAAAUAAAAUACCAUUGUAUGUGCACUUUGGCAUUACAGUUCGUGAUUAUUCAACAAAUCUGAUUGGCCAUCACGUCAUAUUACUUGGAUGAAUGUUUGUGAGAUACGCCAUCAUGAGUACAUUGAUCAGUGGUUGCCAAAAUUUAGGAAAAUCUUUAAAAAUGAAUUUUUAAAGAUUUUCCUAAUUUUUUUUUUGAAGAUCAAAAUAAAGUCCCCUUGUGCAGUAUGAAAAAAAUCUGCUCUGUAAGGAAGGAAAUGGUGUACGUUUUAAAAAGAAAAGGGACUAUGAAAACAUUUACUUAGUGCCUCAUUACGUACAUGUAGUUGGGAUGUAGCAUAUAUUCUAAGGUUUUAAUAAAUAUUGCAGUUUGCAUGAUUUCAGGCAAACUUUAAAGCAAACAAUGCAAAUAAAAGGGUGAAUAAUGUUGGGGUUGUACAGAUCAUUUGCCUGUUAAAUGUUCAUGGAAUGAAUUCCUAUCAAAAUGAACAAAUUUCCAUUCAGGUAAAUGCGAGAAAAAAUGAUUGAUCUCUAACCUUCCAUAAUUCUAAUGCUUUUUUUGUUUAUGGUUUUGCUAUCUAAUUACAUUAAAUUAUAUGUGCAGUAAUACCGUUUAUUUUUAAAUACGUAGAUAGCAUGAAACAUAAUCGAGGGGUAUGGUGUUAAAUGUACAUUGGUAUAAAUAGUGGAUAGCUGAAGUGGGUACGUGUUCAGCAAGGACACCAGACAAGUCCAGUUUGCCAUCUCGAGGAAAGGGAAUCAUGUUUUUUUUCAUUUGUAGAGAUAACUGUAGAUCGCCAGGAUCUUACUUGGAAAAGGCUAUACCUAGCAACUUGAUGAAGAAUGGAGAGAGAGGGUGUUUUUGACUGGCGUUUUGGAAAGAACAUGAAAACGAAAACAAUGCUGUAGUUAAUGCAUGCUUGUGCCCAUAGAGACAGAUCAAAGGAUGUCAGAGUACCACAUGACCACAUGUUUUCCUGAGAUCAGCCAUCAUUGCAAUAGAUAAGCAUUUGCCUUGUACCGAAAGUUGUAAACAACACAAUAGAGCUUAUAUUCAUGCAAAAUAAAAUGGGAAUUCUUUAUCAAUUUGUCGUUGUCAUGCCGAUCCUGCAUUCUGCAUGUUUCUUUGUCCUUUGUAAAUCUUUGAAGACUUGCUUAGUACCCAAACACCUUGUGUGGUGCGGGGUGCCGUAGUUUUAAACUGCAAUCAUGGUUGCUAAACAUUUGGUCAUGUGGGUCAGUGGGAAUGCCCCAUUGGCUCUGAAAUUCACUGAUAAUGUGAGAAGUGCAUGUUCUCUCUCUUUCCAUUCGACAUAAAGGAGCAGGCAACACUAAAUUCAAUUCUUGAUCAGUGUAGGUGGCAGUGCAGUCUGGUAGCCUUGCUGUCUGCAAAGGUUUCAUCAGAAACUUCAAAGUCACUGUUGCUAAGAUUUGAGCACCAAUUUCUUGAUUCUUACACAAACUGAUUUGUUUCUGCACAGGCAUAUACGCCGUAGGAAAACUUUAGGAAGUACAUUAUGGUUGUUAUCUUUCACAUGAAGAGAGCGCAGAAUGAUGUUAGUAUUACUUAAUGAACUUCAGAGGGACUAAAAGCUCUUACUUUAUAAUAUGGCUUAACUUGGUCUGGUUCCACAUAUUCUCAGUUGAGAUUUCAACGGGGCUAUGUCAGAGGUGGUAAUUUUUGGCACCACACCGAGGCGUGUGGUUGUCAAAUUACAAAUCUUUUGCUUUUUAUUUUAACUUUCAUAUCGUGGGCUUUCGGUCACAAAGGCUAUAUUUACCAAAAAGGACUUGCCUUUCUCUCUUACACGGACUUUGGAUACGAAGUGCCUGCUAAUUUACCAAAAUUAUAACAUUUUGUUGAUUUUCAAUUUCGCGCUCCAUCUCAAAAUUUCCUUUGAAUCUGAAGUUUAUUUAAUGCUGACAAAUGAAUUUUACUUCUUUGUGUGUAAUAACUUUAAUUUCCAACCCGUUUUCCAACACGUCUAGCCACAUGUCCUCAAAAUAUGGACUUCUCAGAUUUUAUCAUCAUGUGAAGCCCUGUUUAUAUUUGAAUGAUUGUAUUGAAGAUACAUGGACUCUUCCACUUUCCCCCCUUUUGCUAUUUUGUAUUCACAGCUCAUGGGUGCAUUGGUAGGUCCUUAUUAAUUUGAGAUGUGUUGUCCUAGUCAGUGAAUCUGUGGGAUCUCAAGAGGAGAUUUCCGUUUUUUUGGUUUUUUUGUAACACAGAUUCGUUUUGUGUUGUGUGCUUGUGGGCUACGUGCAUCUCUUCUGACAAAAUCUUCAGGGAUUUCUGUUCUUUUGGAAAAAAUAUAUCAUUUCCCACGAUAUUUUGUAGCAUAGUAGAAUUUGGUCGAGACUCUAUUUUAUGAUAAUUAUAAAAUAUUAAUAAAUGAAUAACAAGUAUGUCUCCAUUUUUAAUCUGUAUAGUUUAAAUUGUGCUUUUGUUUCUAUGAGAUCUCUUCAUCUUGUUAGUAAUGGUGAUUAUUGUGAGCUGUAAAGUCCAUGUAGUAGCUGUAAUAGUGGAAUUGUAUGCAUUUUUUUCACUUGUAUCCUGUAUUUGUAUUUAGUUUCUUUUUGAAUAAUAUGAGCGGAUGAAAUGGAAAAAAUGAAAAAAAAAACAUGUUCUUGUGUUAUUGUAGUUUGUACUAUGGAUCAAUAUUGUGUGUUUUUUUUGGGGGGGUGAUAGGUAUGUUUUGCCCUCACAGCAUGAAAAGAACUUUUAUUCAUUCAUACCUCUUGUUAAAAACAAAUUUGUUCGCUCUUGUGUUUGUGUUUUUUGCUUUUGAGAUUUCUCCAUGAAGAAUAGGAAUGUUUAAGUGUUCACCAUGUUUAGCUGUUCUGUAUUUGCUUAGCAUAAGCAAGGCUGCACACCUGUUACAGUGGGAUUGCAGAGUUGUCAGAAAAGAGCCACAGUGCACUUUCAGCAUAUGGGUGAUUGGCAGGCUUUACUUUGAGGCAACUUUAAUCUUUCAAAAUUAACUUGAAAUAUUUUAUGUGAUUCACAGGGAUGGCACAGCAUCAGACAAGCUAUCUACAACAGUGCAGCGGCCAGCAGACUCCAUGUAGACUAUACCUCUCGUCACAGUGCUCAGAAAUGUGAUCAAAUUAUUGAUAAUGGUCACACCAGAGCUGUACAGAGUUGGGACAUGAGUGUCACCAUAGUUGAAAACAAAGUGGCAGGUGUUUGUGCCAAUGCACACGGAGAGUUGGUAUACAGUAGUCACACGCUCUACUGUAAACAGCCAUUUUGUUUCCAAAAUCCGAAUCUGGUGCUACUCUUUGGCCGUGUUUGCUUUACAUGGAUCUGGAUCACAAUCAGUCAUUGGUAUACAGACACCAAAACUCACCUUAUGGAUGAUGUGAACCAGUACAAUGAUCACUGAUCGUGAUCCAGAUCCGUGUGAAACAAACAGGCCCUUUCGGUAUACAGUUCUGGGUCAGACUAGUCUGGAAUCUGACAAUGCUCAAAACCCCUCCCCAAUAAAACAUCAGAAAUUACCAAAACUGUGAUUUUAACCCGACAGCAUUACAUCAAGGCACCAAUGAAAAUCUUCUUCCUCCCUUCCAUUUGGAAAGUGAUAAAUAGACUUCAAAGUCUCUCGUUAUUGCCCGCCUCAAACCUAUUCUGGAGACACCCCACCCUGAAAAUCCCAACGUUUUUGACAAUACAUUGGCCAACCACACUGAUUUUUAGCUACAGGUUACCAAUAUCAGAGGGUCAUGUACCUCUUCACUCAUCCUUGCCAGAGUGGCCUUGAUCACAGAUGUUGUCUCGAGACAUUUCAUGUGUGUACAUUUGUGAAACCCUUUCCGAUCUGAUGCAGUGUUGAGACAAAUAUACCACAUGCAUGUACUGAUCUUUGACGCAUUACAGCUUUGCCUGUAUCUUAACUAGCUCUAAGUAGAAUUUCCCUUUAUAUAAAAGUAUGUUGAUUACAGUGGCAACAUUCAAGAAUUGACUAGCUGAGUGAUGUCAGGGAAUCGUCAGGAAAUCACUUGAGCCAGAACUUGGGCUCCUGAGCUGUUAAUUGUACACAGCAUGUGCUGUUCAUGUGAAGGAUUUCCCCCAAAACAAAGCCAUAAAUACCUGAAAUUCGCCACACAGCCCUAACCUCAUGCAACUCUAUGUUUCUGUGUGAACAAUCUGUCACCCCAAACCUAACUCUUUCAAAUGUUGGCACGCAAUUUUGCAAUCAUUUUAUUGGAGACCCACCGCUUAGGAAAUCCCCGUUGUCCCAGACCCAUUAUGACAAUUUAAGUUGGCCUGAAUACAGGUGAAUAGGCAGUGAACAGCUACGCCUGUAGUCAGUGUGUCAAACAAUUGCCUUUCCCCCGCCCAGCUGUUGUAUCUUUGCAUAUCGAAUAAACUAAUCCUACCUCAGAUCAAGCCUCUUUAAAAAAAGGUGUGUGGAUUUUUAUCUUUGGCCAACUACCAGUAUACGUGUCAGGGAACUCCACUCAUUUUGACGAUCGAUACCUUUAUAUGCUUGGAAAUAGUACAUAUUUGUUCAAAAAUUACAGGUUGAAAAUUUCAUGACAUAUUCAGACUGUUCAACAGAUGUACACAAUUGUUACAAAGUAAUUGUAGUGUACGAACCUUGCUCGCAUUUUGAGAAAACCUCAAUAAUGGCAGAAUUUAUUAGCAGCAGGAAACCACUGAACUUUGUCGGCUCAUCACAGACCCAUGAAUUUUUGUUGUGAGGGUUCAGAUGGUGAAGAUUCAUUUUAUUUCAGUAUGGAUGUUGGAAUGUUAGGAUUUUUGGCUUUGUUGAAGUUAAAAAUGCAGUAGGUAGUGUGCACAUAAAGUACCUGUUAAAGACCAAUUACAUCCAUCCUUAUUUUCACAUGCCAGUGAUCCAAUGUGCUCUGUGUGUUUUGUCUCGUAGAAGUUAUUAUAGUUUUUACUUCGUGCCAGCAAGUACAAGUAGUCUAAAAAGAGUGCACUUUAUACAAUAGGUUUGAAACUGAUUUUCCACUUAUAUCAUUUCAGACUUAUGUUCACAGUAGUUUGAGGAAUUAAAAUAUAACUUAAUUCUGAACAAAAUUGUUCAAGUUGUGACUCAGCUGAGAUUUUAACUGUAAGUAGAUCUAAAUGUUGCCAACCAAUAGUUAAGUAUGUCUAACAUCUGCAUGAGAUAUGCAGAAUAGUACGGUAGUCUUAUCUCCAAGCACAUAGUGUGGUAAGCUUGGUUAAUUUUUUUAAUUGUAUGUAAAAACUUCUGCACUUUUUAAACUUAAUUUUUUUUGUUUUUUUACUAAUAGUGUAUAUUGGGUUUCCUUCUCUUAUUGGUCCACAUCAUGACAUUGUGUUAAUAUCUGUCACUGAAGGAAAGAAUAAAUACCAAAGACAUUUCACUAAAACUGGGAAAUCCAGUCGGUAAAGGUGCUAGA